AGGAGAUGUCUGACAUUAUUGGAGGCAAGUCAACAUGGAGUAUCCAUGAAAUCAGCUGCCUGGCAAUUAUUUGUGUCCUUGUGCCAUUCAUUGUCAUUGGAAAUUUAUUCGUCAUCAUUUCUGUGAUAAAAUUCCAGCGACUUCAGGUGCCAACAAACUAUCUCAUUAUGUCGCUGGCAGUCACUGAUCUCGGAAGUGGACUUUUCAUACCUUCUCUUGUCAUUGUGGAGAUGAAAAAGGAACUCAUUCAAAAUAAUCACCUGUGUCUAGCAGCGUAUUCAACCAUCUUGAUGAGUGCUGCGCUGUCUAUUCUGACCCUGGCUGCCAUUGCUUUUGAUCGUUACACCGCUUGUGUCAACCCGAUGGAAUACAUAAAAAUUGUCUCGAUCAAACGAACAUUCAUCAUGAUCGUAUCAAUAUGGAUUAUAAGCAUUGCUCUGACCUGGGGUAUGAUCCACGGGUUACAUGACCCUGAUGACGGAUUGAUGAUGUCCACCCAUUGUUCGUUCAGUUGGAUACCUCAGAGGGCACUAGCCGUACUACUCGGUAUUGUCUUUUUUCCGUGCUGUCUGUUCAUAUUCUUUUGUUACUUUCGGAUUUACCUUAUAGCCCGCCACCAUGCUCGAGCCAUCGCUGCAGUCGAACGAGCUGUCCAUCUAAGUCUGCACCUCAAGUACUUGAGAAAGGACACUAAGUACGCAAAAACUCUUGGCAUCGUUAUUGGUGGCUUUCUUGUCUUGACUUUACCAUUCCAGAUCGUCAUGUUGAUGGAAGUCUCAUCCGAAAUGAGAGUCAACGAUUGGAUUAUUAAUUACCUAAUAUUAUUAGCCAUGGUAAAUAAUGGUAUCAACCCCUGGGUGUAUGCAUUCAGAAAUGGGGAAUUCCGGGCGGCAUUUAGACGCUUGUUAGAAAACACACCGUUUAAAUUCACUCGUCACCGAGAAGAUCGUGAAAGUUUGUCUUCUAACGGACCUACUGGUUGUCCCAGUUCAGUCGUUCGCUUAAGUCGUGUGAACAGUCGUGUUUCUCCCGAUUUGAUCAGCAUGUUGUAUAUGAAUAGUGGAGGUACCAGUACGGUGCGGUCAUCUCUGCCAUCAGUGCCAAAUUUCAGUAGCCGCAUUGGAAAAGGUGUGAUAAUUUCCCCAAACGCUUCAUUACAUAAGAUGGUAACUUUGAAAAAUAUGAUGAAGGCGAAUGGGGAUGGUGCAAAUUCAAUAGAAGGGAAUAGUAGCAGGAGACAAAUUAUAGCAUCUACAUCAAAUGAUGUGCUUGUUGACCAAAACUGAGUUGGCAGUCCCUGAGAAAGGGGGGAGGGUACUUUAUAUUGUCAGAACCCUGCUGGAGCAAGAUGUUUCAUAUGUACGUAACUAUCAGAUAAUAUGCUAGUAA